GGAAGCUAACAACCAACAGGCUACAGGGAGCAGCAUUGCAGGACAACCGUUUUCCACAAAGAGGAAGAAAUUGCUGUGCUCAGGUCCUCACCUUUCAGCAGUUGUGCUGUGAUGCAAGUUCUAGAAGUUUCUCUUUCUGUGAAUGGCUUCUCUAUGACUUCUUCUUGCUGACAUUUGCCCCAGUGUUGGGCACAAAGAGAAAGGAUGCUGAAGAAUAGGUACCCCCUUUUGGCUUUUAGAACGUGGGCACUUGUAUAAAGGUCCCUGAAUCUAAAUGGCAGUCUGUGAUGGAGAACUAUUCCUUGUAGCAUGCUGUGCUGUUUGCAUAUUUCACAGUCUCAUGGAAUAAUGCUUUAGGGAUGCCCUUGUAGAGGAAGAUAGAUGAUCAGUAGAUGCAGCUGUGAUCCUCGGCUGUGUGUCUCACCGAAGGGACCUGAUGUUUUACAUUAUUGGUGGGAUCACGAUAUCUGUGGUAGCUUUCUUCUUCACCAUUAAGUUCCUCUUUGAGCUUGCCGCACGUAUAGUCAGCUUCCUUCAGCAUGAGGACCGGGAACGCCGAGGGGAGCGAACUAUUUAUGACUACGUGCGAGGCAACUACUUGGAUCCCCGGUCCUGCAAAAUCUCCUGGGAUUGGAAGGACCCCUAUGAGGUGGGCCAUAGCAUGGCCUUCCGAGUGCAUUUAUUUUAUAAAAAUGGGCAACCCUUCCCUGCUCGCCGGCCUGUGGAGCUGCGAGUUCACAUCUGCCAUGUGGAGCUAGAAAUUGAUAUUCCUGUAACCCAGGAAGUUCUUCAGGAGCCUAAUUCCAAUGUGGUGAAAGUGGCCUUCACUGUGCGCAGGGCUGGGAGAUACGAGAUCACUGUAAAACUUGGUGGUUUGAAUGUGGCCUACAGCCCCUAUUACAAGGUGUUCCAGCCAGGGAUGGUGGUUCCCUCCAAAACCAAAAUUGUCUGCCAUUUCUCCACUCUGGUGCUGACCUGUGGGCAGCAGCACACUCUGCAGAUAGUUCCCAGAGAUGAGUAUGACAAUCCCACCAGCAAUUCUGUGUCCCUGAUAGAUGAGCACAAUUACAGCCUCUCCAUCUAUGAGCUGGGUCCUCAAGAAGAAGAGAGCUCCGAUGUUGUGUUUGAGAAGUCUGUGGUGUCCAAUCGGCAGACUUGCAAAGUGUUCUUCCGAUUCACCUUGCACUGUAGGGGUUGUUUCCAUGCCUGCAUCUCCUACCAGAACAAGCCCAUUAGCAAUGGUGAUUUUGACAUCAUUGUUCUAAGUGAGAAUGAACAGAACAUUGUAGAACACAAUGUGUCCACCUCAGGUGUUGGUAUUUACUUUGAAGCCUACCUUUACGAUGCUCCUAGUUAUACCAACACUCAGUGGCAACUUCCAACGCACCUGAGCUCCUCCCAGCGCCGUCCUUCUACUGCAACUGAGGAUGAAGAUGAAGAUUCUCCCUCUGACAGCCAAACCCCGGAGAAAGUGAAGAAACCUAAAAAAGUGUACUGCUAUGUGUCACCUAAGCAAUUCUCAGUGAAAGAAUUCUACCUGAAGAUCAUUCCAUGGCGCCUUUUCACCUUUAGAGUAUGUCCUGGCACAAAGUUUUCAUACCUUGGUCCUGACCCUGUGCACAAAUUACUGACACUGGUGGUGGAUGAUGGGAUCCAACCUCCUGUGGAGCUCAGCUGCAAGAAGAGGAACAUCUUGGCAGCCACUUUCAUUCGCUCUCUGCAUAAAAACAUAGGAGGCUCAGAGACCUUCCAGGACAAAGUGACCUUCUUUCAGCGAGAGCUACGUCAGGUGCAUAUGAGAAGACCUCAUUUGAAGGUCACACUAAAGGUCAACCGUCACUGUCUGCUGGAGUCGUCUUUUAAAGCAACACGAAAUUUUUCUGUUUCUGACUGGAGCAAAAACUUUGAAGUGAUUUUUCAGGAUGAAGAAGCUCUGGACUGGGGAGGUCCACGCAGAGAGUGGUUUGAGCUCAUCUGUAAGGCAUUAUUUGAUACCACCAGUCAACUCUUUACCCGCUUUAGUGAUAACAACCAGGCCUUGGUGCAUCCAAAUCCAGGGCGUCCCACAUAUUUACGACUCAAAGUGUAUGAAUUUGCAGGCCGUUUAGUAGGAAAGUGUCUUUAUGAAUCAUCUCUUGGAGGUGCUUACCAACAACUGGUUCGAGCUCGCUUCACCCGAUCCUUCCUGGCUCAGAUCAUAGGACUUCGUAUGCAUUACAAGUAUUUUGAAACGGAUGACCCAGAAUUCUAUAAAUCCAAAGUUUGUUUCAUACUGAACAAUGAUGUGAGUGAGAUGGAUCUGGUCUUUGCUGAAGAGAAGUAUAGCAAAACAGGACAGCUGGAGAAGGUGGUGGAACUGGUGACAGGAGGGGCUCAAGUACCAGUGACCAAUGAAAACAAGAUCUUGUAUCUAAAUCUGCUUGCACAGUACAGACUGGCCAGUCAGGUUAGAGAGGAGGUGGACCACUUCCUGAAAGGUCUUAGUGAGUUAGUUCCUGAGAACCUCCUGGCUAUUUUUGAUGAGAAUGAGCUUGAGUUGCUGAUGUGUGGUACUGGAGAUAUCUGUGUCUGUGACUUCAAGGCACAUGCUGUAGUGGUAGGAGGAUCUUGGCACUUCCGUGAGAAGGUAAUGACAUGGUUUUGGACCGUGGUCUCCAGUUUCACCCAGGAAGAGCUGGCCAGGCUCUUGCAAUUCACAACUGGUUCCUCCCAGUUGCCCCCAGGAGGGUUUGCUGCACUCUGUCCAUCUUUCCAGAUCAUUGCAGCUCCAACUCACAGUACUUUGCCGACAGCCCACACUUGUUUUAACCAGCUGUGCCUCCCUACUUAUGACUCCUAUGAAGAAAUGCACAGGAUGCUGCAGCUAGCUAUCAGCGAGGGUUGUGAGGGCUUUGGCAUGCUGUGAUUGCCCCUUUCUAGGAGACCACUUAGCCUCCUGGCUCUUUGUGGCAAGAUCCAGGUUCAGUCCUCUGCUUGUUCUCCUUCCCUUCACAGGGGCAAUGGAGGCAAAGCAAAGACUCCAUGUAAAGGAAUUUGUCAUCCAGAAGAUGUCACGUGGCCUUUCCAUAUCCCAAAUGUGUCAUCAAGAACUCAUCUUUACCCUUUCCCUCAUUCUCCCUUUGGUUCAGUGCGGAACAGCAAAAGGACUGUGGUGCAUUCAUCAAGGAGAUAAUUGCACUUGAUUUCUGUUCUGUACACCGUGUACACUCACCCAUCCUUCUUUGAGAAGAUGAAGUUCAUAAGCAGAAGUUACACUGAGGUGCAGGAGAUCUGCUGAGCUGCCUUUUAUUGUAGCACACUGGGAGGAAGAGGGAAGACCAGCAUGGAGCUCUGCUGGAAACCUGGCUCAUGGGAAGCCUUAUUAACUUACCAUGUCUUGGUUCAGCUCCCCCAGUGAUGCUCUCCAAUAGCUUAUCUAACUCUGACUCAUGAAAAGUAUGGGAACACAUCCUUUCAGCACCUGACCCAGAAGGGUUUCUGGUUCUUCUGCAUCUUGCUCUGGAUGCUGCUGUCACCCGCGCCACAGAGAAAAGUGGGCAGAAUCCACUGGAGGGAGUAACCCGAAGGGGAGAACAAUCUCAUCGGAGCACAAGUGCUGGCCCCGACAGUGAUCUUGUACUACCUCCGCCAGGGUCCAGCAGCAGAAGCGUCCUUCUCCAGCAGUGGCUGGUAAUGAGCCUCUGUAAAUGAACUGGAAGAGGAGUUUCUCCUCCAUUGAAUGUUUCUGACAGUUGAUGUUGCACAGGAAGCUGUCCCAUGCCCUUGCCUUCUUUUCCCUUCCUCAGGAGAGAGAGUAUGGGCAUGAGUAUGAUCCCUCAAUGCUGAGCACCAAUGCCUAUCCCACAUUCACCUUCAGGGUGUAUAUGCUAUGUAGUAACAGCUAAAGGUCAGUAAACAGCUACAGUGUGCACUGGGAUGUGUGUGUUGUUGGGAUGAUGGUACCGGGCAGAACGUGGUACCUCCACCCCAACAUCCCACAGGGUCUUGGCUUCUACCUCUAUCAUGCAGCAGCCUGAGGCUUCUCUUUCGCUACUGCGUUUCAGGCAGUUUCCAGAGGGGUGCUGGUGCCUGGAGAGCAGCUGGCUUUCUGUUGUCCCAAUCUUCCUACCUUCUUUGUCCACCUCUCCUUUCCUCCUGUUCCGUUCAGUGCUGCUGGCUUUCCAGCACAGAAUGUUAACUAGAACUUCACUUAAAUGAUCACUCAACAGCCUGUGCUCACCAUCGUCUGGCUUGUGGGGAGAGGGGUGGGUAGACCAGCAUGAUAAGUAAACUUAUGAUUGGUGUGUGGUGUCACUGGCGGUCCAUUCAGCCCUUCACAGGGAAAUAGAGGAAAGGAGAAUCUGCGAAUCUUGAUGAGUUCUUCAGUGAAGUAAAAUUCAAGAUCUUGAAGUUCUUCCUUUAAGUUCCUUAAACAGUUCAAGUCAGGAGUCAAAGACACACAGAAGUCAAAAGUGUGCGAAACCUGCAUUGCUACUACCUGCAAUGUAAGCUUUCACUGGAUUAUGGAAUUGCUGGAUUUCUUCCAGAAUGGAGUCUGACUGGCAUCCUUGAGCUAAUUUUAGAACACUGUAUUAGAUAAAAAGUCUCAUCAUCCUCUUCAGUCCCCUUCUGCUGCCCUCAAGCUGAUCCAGACAAACUGUGGAUAUUUUAAGAUAACUCUGUGUUUUUUUCAGUGUAGCUUAGUUGAAUUGACUGGGAAUUUGGUGGGAGACAUUCUACAUCUAAAAAUUGUUUUUAAAGCAGCAUCUUAGCCGUUCUUGGGCUAGGUGUGUUACUCCUAUACAGAAAAAAAGCCAUUUUGGUGCCAAAAAGCAGCCAGCUGAGAUUGAGACUACUCAGGGGGAUUUCUUUGCCUUGUGAAUUCAUUCCCUCACUGGCAUCGAGGUGCUGGGAGGCUGCCAGCUUGAGAGUUGCCACUGUUGCGCUCUGAUAGAUCACUUAAGUAGUGGCUGUUCUCCCUUUUUUAGUGCAUGCUCUGUUCUGCAAGAUCCUGACCUCCUUUGGGUGGAGAGUAUGGUACCAUUUUAUUUACACUGUAGAUGGCUUUCAUGGUCAUAGAGUUACAGCUCCUGUGUUCUCCAUGCCACCACUUCACUGUGUUCUCCAGGGACUGAGGGGAGAUGGUGGUGCUCGGCUUAACUCCUGUUUGUUGGGAGGUGUAGCUUGGUGCUUUUCUCACAUUACAGCUUUGUCUUGUAGUCUCACCUUGUAGCUAUGGGCCAACUCUGCCA